AUGUGGGUCCUCACCUUCACAGGAGGACGUGGUCACCCGAAGGAGCACCAGCGAACGCACUUCCUGACUUCUGGCACGUAUAUUGUCGGGAGAGACGCGUCCGCUGCUCAAAUACACAUAAGCAAGGAGGAGGACCCGUCGAUCAGUCGCAAGCACGGAUCCUUCACCAUCGGGUCGAGUACGUCGGCGGCUGGGCAGCUCACGUGCACGUACACGGAUUUUGGCUCCAAGUAUGGCACCCGCAUUGGGGGGCGCGAGCUGCGCAAGGGCAGCUCGGCGGAGCUCACGGCGACGAUCACCGGCGACUGCGACGUCGUGUUCGGGUCGGACGCGGUGCAGGCGAAGGCCGCGGUGUCUUUGCAGCGGCGCAACGUCACGCUGUGCGUGCGCAAGCCAGCCCUGACCGACGCUGUCCGUCACGCGGCGUCGCUGCUCGGCGCGCGGACGCUCUCGCGCUGGUCCGCGACGUGCACGCAUCUGGUCGUCGACGACGACUGUCCGGCGAGCUGGAGGAAGACGGCGCCGGGUAGAAGUCCGGUGCUCCUGCGGUGGCUCCUCAAAUCAGUCGUGGAGGACAAAAACUACGGCCUGCUGUUCCCACCGCCGCCCCUCGCGGAACAGGCCCGCGCGCUCGACGGCGGCGGCGAGGGCACGCAGUCGGACACGGACGCGGACGCCACUGAUGACGACGUGGAGAUGGAGGAGGUCGCUGUAGUGGCGCCCACCCAGCAGCACAAGACCAAGGAGCCCGUCGAAGCAGCGCCCAGGGCAGCGCCCCCACCGAAGGCCGCAGCAGCGCCGGCACCGAAAGCAGCAGCAGCGCCGGCACCGAAGGCGGCAGCAGCGCCGUCAGCGGCCCCACGCAACCCACAGAAGCGGAGCCGGCUCAUGGCGCUGCUGGAGAGCGACGACGAGGACGAGGGCGACGACGAGGAGAAGCGCCUGCCCGAACAACGCAGGGCGGCUGCGGCCGCGGCCGCGCGGUCCGGCGCAUCGCAGCAGCAGGACGUUGCUGGUGCUGCUGCUGCGCCACUCGUCGCGGAGCAGCCGGCUGGUGCGGCGACUGAGCCGCGCGCGCCGGCCAGCCAGCACCGGGCGACGGCACCGGCAGCGCACGCGAGGGACGUGGCGCGUCCGACGCAGGUCACGCAGGCUGUCGGGCGCCCCGAGGACGACGGCACCCCGGAGGAGUGUCGAGCCACGGUGUCCGUCUGUCGGACGCAGGUCGCGGGGUCCGCAGCGCCGCAACCCUCGCGGCCGGGACGCCAGCGCGGGACGAACUACAAGGCGUUCAGGAGGCGCGGGGAGGAGGGCGCCACUGGCAGCAGUGCGCCCAGAAUCGUUGCGUCGUACACGACGUGGAACGGGGUCAUCACGGACGCAGCGCCGCCAGCGGACGAGCGGGCGGAGGACGACGAGCUGUUCAAUGCGACGACGCGACCCACGCGCGUGGUUGGGCGCGGGCGCGGACGAGGGCGCGGAAAGCGCUGA